GGAGCGGAGCCGAGCGGAGCCAUGGCCGCGGGGCCGCCCGGCAGCCGCCUCCUCCUGCCGCUGCUGCUGCUGCUGCUGCUGCUGCUGGGGCCGGCGCUCGGCCAGGGCUUGGGGCAGACGCGCUUCAUCUGCACCUCGGUGCCGCUGGACGGGGAUGUGUGCGCCGCCUCCGCGCUGGGCACCGGCUCGGCCGAGGAGCUCAAGGGCACCGUGCUGCAGCUGCGGGAGACGGUGCUGCAGCAGAAGGAGACCAUCAUGAACCAGAAGGAGACGAUCCGCGAGCUCACGGCCAAGCUGGGCCGCUGCGAGAGCCAGAGCGUGCUGGAGCCGUCCGGCGAGGGGAAGGGAAGGAAGGGCUUCUCCAAGAACACCAUGGGCGACCUGUCGCGGCCGGCCGCCGCCGAGACCCUCAGCCAGCUCGGGCAGACGCUGCAGUCGCUGAAAACCCGGCUGGAGAACCUGGAGCAGUUCAGCAGGAUGAACUCCUCCAGCCAGACCAACAACCUGAAGGACAUCCUGCAGAACAAGAUCGAUGACCUGGAGAAGCAGGUGCUGUCGCGGGUGAACAGCCUGGAGGAGGGCAAGCUCAACCCCCGCAACGAGUCCGAGGAGCGCGGCAAGAUCGAGAGCACGCUCACCUCGCUGCACCAGCGCAUCAGCGACCUGGAGAAAGGCCAGAAGGACAACCGGCCCCCGGACAGGUUCCAGCUCACCUUCCCCCUGCGCACCAACUACAUGUACGCCAAGGUGAAGAAGAGCCUGCCCGAGAUGUACGCCUUCAGCAUCUGCAUGUGGAUCAAAUCCAGCGCCUCCCCGGGCAUGGGCACCCCCUUCUCCUACGCUGUGCCCGGCCAGGCCAACGAGCUGGUGCUCAUCGAGUGGGGCAACAACCCCAUGGAGAUCCUCAUCAACGACAAGGUGGCAAAGCUGCCCUUUGCCAUCAACGACGGCAAGUGGCACCACAUCUGUGUCACCUGGACCACGCGGGACGGCGUGUGGGAAGCCUACCAGGACGGCACUCAGACGGGCAACGGCGAGAACCUGGCUCCCUACCACCCCAUCAAACCCCAGGGCGUCCUGGUGCUGGGCCAGGAGCAGGACACGCUGGGCGGAGGGUUCGAUGCCACGCAGGCUUUCGUGGGGGAGCUGGCCCAUUUCAACGUGUGGGACCGCAAGCUGAGCCCGGGGGAGGUGUACGGGCUGGCCACCUGCAGCUCCAAAGCACUCGCCGGCAACGUCAUCGCCUGGGCCGAGACCAACAUCGACAUCUACGGCGGGGCCACCAAGUGGACUUUCGAGGCCUGUCGCCAGCUCAACUAGGGCCACGGACAAGCGAGAGAAACCUCCUCAGCGGGUUCUUUUAUUUAUUUUUUUUUCCUCCUUUUUUUUUUUUGCGCAAAAAACAACCGAGAACGAAGCCACCCGACUCGUGCCGGGAGCGGGGAUGCCCCGGCGUGGGAGCGCCCGCCCCCGGAGCCCCACGACCCUCCGGUUUCUGUCUUGCCAACGUCCUUCAACGCCUGCGUGCCUUGGCCUGGCGCGGCUGCGCCCCCCCUGCCGCCCCCCCGGCCCGGCCCCCGCUUCGCCGCUGAGCUUUCCUCGGGCUCCGGGGCUCCCGUUUGCCCAGCCUGACCCUCCCGGAGCCGGGGGAGGGUCGCAGCAGCCCCGCCGAGCUGUGCUCCAGCCCGGGGCCGAGCCCUCGGUUGCCCCCCCGGGCGAGCCCCUCGCCCCGUUCCCGGCCGGUGCCCCCGAGCAGCAGAGCCAUAGCCCCGGGCUGCGGCGGGCCCGGCCCCGCUCCUGCCCUGCCGCACUCAGGUACCCCCGGCCCCGCCGCCCGCAGCCCCCCGAGGCUCCUACGCGCCGUAGCUGGUGACAAAAAGCCUUUACCGUCCCCUCCAGCCCGGCCCCCACUGACAGGUCUGAAGCCUUUCUGCUUUUGAUAAUACACUCUCUUKUUUCUCUUACUGUAAAGGGAAGUUUAUUACCAAUAAUAAUAAAAAAGGGUAUUUUUAUGAAGAUAUAAAAAAAAUAAUAUAUAGAAUUAUCAGUGCUCCCUGAGAAAAAAAAAAGUGCUUUGAGAUUCUGCGGGAUAAAAAGAGAUAAAGAAGCGUAUUUUGAGAUAACAGAUGCAUUUUGUAUGGUUUCCUUUUCUAAACUCCUGGUUUGUACUACAGAUUGCAGAAAUCACUCCCCAGCCCCCCUCCUGCCCCCCCAGGGCAGCCCUGGGCUGAGGCAGUGGAGGAUGAGGCAGAGAAUUCACCCGGGGCUCCAGAGCCUCCCGACCAACUCCAAAGAUGCGGCAAAGACGGGCGGAGCGGAGCGGAGCCGGGAGCUCCCUCCGGGCYGGGGACAGAGCCUCGGCUGCCCCGGGACCCGGCCCAGGUGGAGCGAGACCCCUGCACGGCUCCUGGUGCGAGAAAAACCCCCAAAACCAUCGAGAGUUAAUAAUUUGAGUUCCUCCCGAGCCCCUGCUCACAUCGGCCACCACAGGCACAACCUGCUGAGAACAGCCAGACCAUGGCACAGGUUUAACCUCCAGCCCCAGGUGCGUUGGAUUUGCCAAAAAAAAACCACGAAAGGGUGUGAUGUCAACGCAGUGUACAUAGUGUACAGUAGGGGAGAGAAUUAAUGUAUCUUAAUUUGUCAUUAUUUUGCCAACCAAAGCUGUACAUUUUUCCUACUCCCGGCUCUGUCUCCUUUGGGAUUUGAAGGGGUUUUGACGCCCCGYGCAUCCAGCCCGCAUCGGCAGUUCUGACAAUGCACUGUUUCUACGGAUUCUCAUGCUUUUUCCAUUUUAUUGCUGGGAUUACAUGAAUUGUUGACUUUAUUUUUACACAAUAAAGCGUGAAGAAAGA